AGGAGGAUGGGGAGGAACACGAGUCGUGCGAGGACGCUGCGUGGGCAUUCGAAAUGCCUGCGGGGCUACGCCCGACUUACGCUCGCCGCUUGGGCUGGCGGCGGGGCCCCAGCGGCGAGCCGUCUUGUUUUUCGUCUGCUCCCCUCCCGCCGCGGCGACCCGCGGCCCGAGCGUCCCGGGCCUCGUCUCUGCCCUGGCGGCUGCACCCGAGAGAAGAGGAGGGUGCAGCAAAAAAGGCGCUCGCGGGAAGGCUCUCGCCCUGUGCCGGCCCGCCGGCCAGGCCAUGGCCUCUCGCGCGGCGGGGCGCGAGGCGCAGGCAGACGCAGCGAGGAGGCGUGGGGGGAGGGAGGAGGAGGAGGAGGAGGAGGAGGAGGGAGAGGGCUGGGGAAGAGAAGAGGCGACGCUGGGACGGAGGGAGCGGCGCCGCCGUGCGUCCACACGGCCCCGAGCAGCGCCCAGAGGCGCCCCUGCCCGUGCAGAGGGAGAGGCAGGCGGCAAAAGCGCUCGAGAGGACGCAGGCCCGCUGCGGUGACCUCUCCCUCCCCCCCAGCCUCUCCCCUCCCAUCGGCUCCCUCGCUGUCCUCCCCCCAACCCGGCCUGUCGUGGCAGAGCACGGCUGGGCAGGGGUGAAGAACGGACCCUGGGGCCUCACCUGCUGCCCAUGCCAAUCAAGGAGGAGCGGUUCACGAUGCCCUUGUCGUGGAGCACGGCCUGGAGGGCGUUCCCGGCGUUCUGCACAUUGGACUCGCCGGAGUGCUUCUGCAUCAGCUCUUUCACAAUCUUCUCCCCCACCAGGGCAUGGAACUUGGCCGUGUUGUCCGCAUUCUUGUCGACGAGGUUGCGCAAUAACCACAUCCCCUGCUCCACAACGGCCGGCUCCUCUGCGUACCGAUCCAACGCGACGCGGAUCAGACUGAUGCACUCCCCCUCAGCCAGCGUCACCUGGUUCUCCCGGAUCGAGGCGCACAUGUUCUUGAGGCCCCACAUCGCGUGAACCUGCACGCCAGACGACGAAGCGUGCUCCCUCAUGCACGCCAGCAGCGCCUGGCAAACUCCCAGUGAGGACAUCUUCGUCUGGUUCUCUGGAUGUCCGUAAGCCAGAUGGCAGAGUGCCCAGCAGGCCUGGUUCAGAAACUCUGCGUCACCCGGGUGCUUCUUCAUGGCCUCCAGGAUCCGCUCGGCGCCCCCGGCGCUCGCGAUCCUCGUCUGGUUCGACUGGUUGGGCGUCAGCAUGCGAAGGCACGCGCAGGCCGCCUCCUGCACGCGCGCAUCGUCCACCAGGGCCGACAUCGCCCUCAGGAGGGCGGCCACUCCACCGAGCGCCGCGAUCUUCGUCUUGUUCGAAGUGCUGUUGGACGCCAGGUUGAACAGGGCCUCGCACGCCGCCACCUGCAGGCUGCUGAUCUGCAGGCUGCCGGUCAUCUCCAUCGCCCGGAUCACAGCCUUGCACCCGCCGCAGGACGUGACCUUCAGCUGCCCCGCCGGCGUGGCCGCCGCGGCGCGCAGGAAGCGCACGCCGCUCUCCUGCAGCGGGGCGGAGCCCGCGCCGUAGUGCACCUCCAUCGCCUGGAUCACGGCCUCCACGCAGCCCACGGGCAGCAGCUCGUCCUCGGCGCCCGCCCGCUGCAGCGCCUCCAGGCGCCGGAAGCCGGCCAGACGCACGUCGAGGAUGACGAAGGUCGACAUGGCGGCCAGCACCUCCCGCGCCUCCAUGCAGGGCAUCUGCUCCAGCAGCAGCUUCAGCUGGGCCAGCUCGUCGAUCUCCUCGACGACCGGGGGCGGCGUCCAGUCGCCUCGGGGCUGCACGGCCGUGUUCGCCUUGGCGCCGGACUGCCGCGCGGCGCGCGCCCGCUGCUCGCGGCGGUCGAACGCCGCCGCGGACGUGCAGCACGCGCCCAUGCGGCUGCUCUCUUCGGGCCUGGCGGCCGAAAGCGGGGCUGCUCUCUCUGCGGGGGGGCGCGGAGGGGGGCGGAGGGAGCGUGCUCGAGCCAACCACGCCUGCAGCCAC